CCGGCCGCCGGGCGGCGCCGCAGCGCGCGGCGGGUGGAGCGGCCAUGGCGCUGUCCGGCGACCUGUGGGCAGAGCUGCCGGCUGAGCGCCGCAUCUUCUGCUCCGUCCUGCUCUUCUCCUGGGCCGUCUACCUCUGGGAGGCUUUCCUGGCGCACCGGCAGAGGCGGGUGUAUAGAACAACAACACAUGUACCACAGGAGCUGGGACAGAUCAUGGACUCGGAAACGUUUGAAAAAUCUCGCCUCUAUCAGUUGGACAAAAGUACUUUCAGCUUUUGGUCAGGCCUCUAUUCAGAGGCUGAGGGCACUAUGAUUCUCCUCUGUGGAGGAAUUCCUUUUCUAUGGAAACUCUCUGGUCAGAUCUCUGGUCGUGCUGGGUUUGGACCAGAAUAUGAGAUUGUUCAGUCAUUGGUAUUUCUGCUGCUUGCAACACUCUUCAGUGCAGUGACUGGUCUCCCAUGGAGUUUGUAUAAUACAUUUGUCAUAGAAGAGAAACAUGGCUUCAAUCAACAGACGCUGGGAUUUUUUUUUAAGGAUGCUAUCAAGAAAUUUGUUGUGACUCAGUGCAUUCUGUUGCCAGUGACAUCCCUUCUGCUUUACAUUAUUAAAAUAGGGGGAGACUACUUUUUUAUCUAUGCCUGGCUCUUCACAUUAGUUGUUUCCUUGGUGCUUGUUACAAUCUAUGCAGACUAUAUUGCACCUCUGUUUGAUAAAUUCAUUCCGCUGCCGGAGGGAGAGCUCAAGCAACAAAUUGAAACAAUGGCAAAGAGCAUUGACUUCCCAUUGACUAAAGUGUAUGUUGUUGAAGGUUCUAAGCGCUCUUCCCACAGCAAUGCUUAUUUCUAUGGAUUCUUCAAGAAUAAGCGGAUAGUCCUCUUUGACACACUCCUGGAAGACUAUUCUGCUCUGAACAAAGAACCAGCAGAGGGAGAAGAUGGUGAGAAUGAAGAAGCAAAGUCUAAAACCAAAAAUAAGAAACAAGGAUGUAAAAAUGAAGAAGUUCUGGCUGUACUUGGUCAUGAAUUGGGUCACUGGAAACUAGGUCAUACUGUCAAAAAUAUAAUCAUCAGCCAGAUGAAUUCCUUCCUUUGCUUCUUCUUGUUUGCUGUGCUAAUUGGUCAGAAAGAACUCUUUGCUGCAUUUGGUUUCUAUGACACCCAGCCUACCCUGAUAGGCUUGAUGAUUAUUUUCCAGUUUAUUUUUUCACCUUACAAUGAGGUUCUCUCAUUUUGUUUGACAGUAUUAAGCCGACGAUUUGAGUUUCAAGCAGAUGCAUUUGCCAAGGAACUUGGGAAGGCUAAAGACCUAUAUUCUGCUUUGAUCAAGCUAAACAAAGAUAAUUUAGGAUUCCCUGUUUCUGACUGGAUCUUUUCAAUGUGGCAUUACUCCCACCCACCCCUUUUAGAAAGACUUCAGGCCUUGAAAGAUGCAAAGCAAGAGUGACAGCAAUGAUUGCUGGUUCAGAGACAGUGCUUCCAUCUCAGAAGCAAAGUUCAGAGCUGCUUUUUAAUUUUUUUUUUUUUAAUGGAUAAUGCGAAUUAAGUGCGCUGUUAACAGCACCACAGAUCUGAGUAUCCUGAAACAGGUGUUAAAUUAUAAAUGACUUAUUUUUAACAAAAACAAAACUGUGGAACUUAAUUUAGAAAAAGUGCUGGGUGAAGACCUUCCCCCCCACCCGCCACACUGACUUUUAUUUCCAUAUCAUAGUAUAGACUUUUAAAGGGAGGAAAACAAGCGUAGACUUCAAAGCACCUUUUUCUUCACUUUGUGUAUGCCUUGAACAUUGCUUUUGAUCCUUUUUCUAUUCUCAGCAUUUUGUGAACCUUCCCAGUCUCACCCUCUUCACAGUGAAGAGGCUUUGGGUGACUUGAUUUCCUGUAUAAUGAUACUUGUGCUUGCCAGUGUGUUUUAAAAAGCUGAAUGCAGCUGCAGGCUUCUCUCCUGCAGUCGUGUCUGUCAGAAUGAAAAAUGCUACUUAAUAAAACCUUCUUUCUCUGAAGUGUGGGAAGAAGGAUGAAUUGUA